UUGGAAUUCUCUGCACCAGAAACCCUAGCAGAGCUCACUCACUUCACUCGAAGCUAUUGAAAUGCCAGGCCCGGCUUCUGAUUCUUCAGCCACCGGUGCUCUAAUCUUAUCCUCGUCGGAGGCCCGAGAAGUGGUCUACCCUAUCCGGCAUGACCUUAAGCCACCAAUAGCUCGAUUAUCCAUCUCCUGGGCCAGAGGCAACUCUUUCCGCGUUUCCAUUUUCAGGCAGCAGGGUGGUGAAAAUUCUGCAGACUCUGAUGAAGAAGUUGGCGGGCAAGUUUUGGAGGUGAAGAUCAGAGACGGGGACGGAGAAAUUGGUGCUGCAGAGUUUCGGAGGAUCGCGUACGGUUCAGUCUCGCCAUUUGCGCUUCUUCAGAGCCGGAAGAAUAUGGCUUCGGGCUUGUCGAAGAUGUCCAUGGGUUUAUCGCGGUUUAAUCCGGAAGGGUGGGAAUACGUAACGGAGUAUAGCAAGGAUAUAAGUUCAAUUCUUGGUAAUCCGAAGUCACUUCCUAGCUCGGCUAUCGAGGAUCCACUGGAAGUUUUGAAGAAAGUCGAGGAGCCUACUUGUCUGAAAGCUGCUUGGGAGCUGAUGGAUGUGUUUUAUGCAGACAAGCAGUCGCAUUGGUGGCUUAAUGAACGCCUUGUUGAUUGGUUAGCUGAAUAUGAUAGCGUCCUCUCAACCACACAAUCAACUGUCUAUUCAAAGCUUGUUGAAUUCCAGAAAGAACUUCAUAACUCACAGGUAGUUGAGGAUAAUCCAAGUUAUUGGGAUGUGAUUUCAUCAGCAUUAGCUGUUGGCUGGCAAGAGAUUGUGGUGAAACUGUUGCGCCUGCAUGGAUCUUAUCAGCUGGACCAACUUAGCAAUCGGGAGACAGAGAAUGGACUGGUAGAGGCAGUGGCUAUGCUUAUUUCAAAAAUGCCACGCAUGCGCCCUGAGUUGAAUUCUGGUGGACUUGGUGAAUGCUUCAAGACCAAGCCUGAUUUCAUCAAGGCAUGGGAAAAAUGGCGGUCCCACAUAACUAAGUUGGAUGGCAGUGGGUUCUGGGUUCACUGUGCUCAUGGUCAGACCAGGGAAGGUUUACGGAAUAUGCUUCAGAUCAUUCUAGGAAAUGUUGAGAGCCUCAGUGGUGCGACCUGCACUUGGAUGGAGCUGUAUAUCUCUCAGCUUUUAUAUGUUAGACCAUUCACGAUGGGUUUAGAAAGCAUGUACAACCUGGCAGAAAGAUGCAUGCAAUUAAGACCAGCUUCUAAUACUGAUCGCUUGAUGGGGCUAAUGAUUGGAAUUCUCGGAGAAAGUACAGAGGUUGUUUUAGCGAAGUGUUCUGGAGGAUUUGGCCCCUGGAUGGUUACACAUGCCAUGGAAUUGUUGACUGAAGAGAGUGAUCAAGCAGAAACUCUUCUACAUGAAGAGCGCCAUGAUCUUGGAGGAAUUAGUAUAGUGGAACUUCAUCGUCUUGUUUAUGCUCAAGUUCUCUGUUCACAUGCAUUUACUUGGCAGAUAGCUCCAAUUUACUUGACAUCAUGCGCAAAGCAGGGAAUUGGUUUUUUAGAAACUUUGUUGUACAACCAACCCGUUCAACAUAAUGGUGUCCUACUUAAGAAUUUAGAGAUAUGUCGUUUAUAUGAACUUGACGGUCUUAGCUCAAAUAUUAUGAAGAUUGCUGGAGUUUACCAUUGGAAGCAUGGUAGGAAAGGUUGUGGAGUUUUUUGGCUUAGGCAAGCUAGGGAUGAAAUUCGUCUUAACAAGAUUGCCCAGCAAUUGUUUGAUUCAGUUGGAAAGUCAAUAUCAGAUGAAAGUUUCAAGCAAUGGGAAGGUCUAAUUGAAUUGUUGGGUUCUGAAUCUAAGAAUACUGGAGGUCUUGAGUUUCUCCACAAGUACAGGGAUUUCAAAAAGUCGCUUGAUCAAGUUCAUCGUGAAGGGAAAACUACUGGUGUUGCACAGUCGGCAGUAGAUUCUCUCAUUGCGCUUAUGAAGAACCCUUCAACACCUCAGCGCUUCUGGCUACCAAUUUUAAAUGACUCGUUAAAGCUCCUUGACUGGCCCGAAGGUCCUCUACUAAACGUUGAGCAGACCAAUCUUUUGUUGAAUAAACUACAAGAGCUCUCAAUGGCGAGAUUGCAGCCCGACUUCGUUGAAUCCAACUUGCCACCUCUGGCCUUGAGCUCCAUCAGGUUGGCCCUUGCAAAAAAUCUUGGACAUGCAUUUCUGGACGGGUGAGGAUGAUGUACACUACGUCGCGCUCGAUCCCAUACCCCAGGUGGCUGCAGUUAUCUGUCACCAUCGAAAAAACUAUAAUCGUACAGUUUGUCGUCAUGACAUGUUUGGACUGGUCCAGCCUCACCAGUUGUACUCAUGGUCAUGGUGUCCUCAAUUGUUGCUACUAUUGGGACUUUUACCAUUUUGUGUUGGUUUUUUACAUUAGGUAAAUUAAUACGUUAUCAAGAAUCGACUCAAACCAUUCUGCUUGUGGAUCCUGCUAUAAGACGUACAGUACAGGGUGAAAAUUUUUA